GUUUUGCACUAGAAGAAUUGGUGUCAAAACUACCACAGAACUCUUCUUAAGAAUACCGCGACAAUAGACAAACAACACUUUUUUUGCACGUUUGUUGCAGAAUAGUAAAUCGUUUACAGGUCACCUGCUGGGGCCGGUUGGUCCGGGCACUCAUGUGUUAGUCACAAGGUAGGAAACAAAGGUCAGCUUCAGUUCUCUCAGUCCAUCACAAGAUCUCAGGAUGCUGAUGACACCAGACAUGCUCUUUCUCUUCUUCUGCCUUGUCGGGGCAGUGGAUGCCCUGCACAAGCAGUGGAUUCCGGACACCAACUAUGAGAAUAAGACCAACUGGGACAGAGAGGCUGUUCCAUGUGGCAACGACAUCGCUCAUUUUCCAGCCCAGAGAAAAGUGUCCGUGUUCGUGGAGACCACGCAUGCUGUGCGAGAGAUGAGGCUGCCAGUUGACGGGGAGUUCAUCCUGAAUUCGGGAGCUGGAUUUUACGUCGUGCGCGGCAAAGAUCCAGGCUGCGGAGCCGGUGUCACGACCAAGUUCAGAGACUCAGAGUCUCUUCACUGGUUCAACCCGGCUCUGUGGCAAGCGGCUGCAACUCUGGAGGACCUGCAGCGUGGAAACUUCUUAUUCUCAGUCCACGAGGAGAGCGUCCCGUGCCUGCACGAUGAUGUGGUUUUCAAAGCCCACUCCUCUUUCAGGAUGGACACCGGCUCCAGUCAGUCCAGCAUUCCUGUCAAAUCGGUGUCGGUGCUGGGGAAGAGGUUUGAGAGCAGAUCUGAGUUCUCGCAGUAUCUCAGCUCACGUUCAGGCCAGCUGCAGUUUCAAGGAUCCUCUGUGGUCACUGUUGGGAACCAAGAGUGUGGGGAUCCUUCGGGCUGCGACUGUGGCAAUUCUGCAAACCAUCAGCAGAUAUGCAACACCAUAACAUGUGACUCUCUGAGCUGUAAGAAGCCCCUCCACCCUGUAGGACACUGCUGUGGUGUUUGUGGCGCCAUCGUCACCAUUCACUAUGCUGCAGCUUUCAACCUGCAAACUUACAGGCAACGAAUCCAUCACCUAUUUCUAAUCUUGCCAAAAUACAAACACAUCCAGCUGGGCAUGUCUAAAGUCUUCAAGUCACAGCGGUUGAUGGGGGUUAUCCCUUUUGGUACCUCGCCUGAGAUCCAGGUGGUUAUUAUGGAUGGAGAGAAGGGACCGCAGUCCGAAGACCUGGCUUGGGACAUACUGAACGAUGCCCGUUCUCUUGGCUCCAACCUGGGGAUAGCUGGGGCUGAAUUCCUCACCUCUUCUGGGAGCAGCAGUGAGCAGACUGGAGCAAGCGCCGGGAUGGUGGUUGGAGUUGUGUUUGGGGUUUUGAUUACGAUUACAAUCGUCGUGGUGGUGGUCCUGAUUCGUAAGGGGGUUGUUCGUAUACCAUCAUCACUGCCGUCGCUGCCGACUCUGGGCAGCUUGAUGAGAAGCAGCGAUGUUGGAGACCUCGACGGGUCUAUUGACCACGGCUUUGAUAAUCCUAUUUUUGACAGGGCCAACAUGCUGCCCGACAUUCCUGGCAUGUAUGGGGCUGAAACAAAUCCUUCAAUCGCUAUGACUCAGACAGGUGUGCACUUCGUAAACCCAGUUUAUGACGAUAAUGAAACUGAUUUAAACGCCUGAAAUAGACUGCAGUGUUGUUUGGGGAGUUUUAUGAUUUCAAAAGUACUUUUUAAAUAGCUUUAACAGUAUAUUCAACGAGAAGCUUUAGAAUAAUUCAUCAAAUGUAGAACAAAUAAAAUUAUUGUUUGCAGACUAUAUACUUUUUUGUCCAUGUCACAUUCAAGAGCAUGUAUAUAAAUCUCAAUAAAGCUGCAGUAAAUGGGUUUAUUGCUGCACAGAUUUUGUGCAUUUUAUUUUACCACUGGAUAGUAAAUGUAACCUUUAAUGACAUACAUGUAAAAUCCUCCACAUCUGCCAUAACUUUAUACACCUUGUUAUGUAACCUCAAUAAACAUUUAUUACACGAUAAUUUCUCUUUAACAAACUUGCAGCGCAGGCAGACGAUUUGUUUUGUUAUAUAGUUUGUCAUUAACAAGAUGAACUACAUUGUCUUUUUUCGACAGCCAGGCGGUAACAUGUAAGGGCUCUGUGAAAUCAGCAGUGUAGUUGUGCAGCCGCC